AUGGUUCACUUGACGGCGACACCAACCGAAACCUCGGGCAAGUCCGCAAUAACGCCACGCAAGACGCUGCGGGAAAGAUUCCUGCAUCGUCUGCCCAACUACAAUGGUCCGUACAACGUCGGGUACAUGGACAUUGAGCUUCCAGCUCGGGACCCGCGUCCAAUUUCCAAUCUCAAACGUGGUGGGAAACCGGUGCUGCGUCUCGAUACCGUGCUCAUGGGGAUAUACUACCCGUGCGACCUGCGGAAGACCAUCGAGCAGGCAUCGGGGGGAAGACGCGACCUCCGCCGCGUCAAUUGGAUGCCGGCGCCAAGAAUCGCUACUGCCAACGGAUACGCAAAGUUUCUCAAUAUCCCGGCGGCACCGGUCACGGCUUAUCUGGCUUGUACGUCGCUUUACACAAAGCUGCCUGCGUUUAGAAACGCCCAGUUGGCAGAAUACUGGGCGAAAGAUGGUCGCAAGGAGAACGCGGCUUGCGACAAAGACGACGGCGGAAGAGACAGCUGCAGUUCGGAGAAACCGACGUUUCCCGUAGUCAUCUUUACCCACGGGCUGGGGGGCUCGAGGCUUUGCUACAGUACGAUAUGCGGCGAGUUGGCUAGUUUCGGCUUCAUUGUGGUUGCGGUCGAGCAUCGGGACGGAAGCGGAGCGAGAACGCUGGUGAACCUGCCCGAGGGUGUCAACGCAGCCGAGAUUGAGUCUUCGACGGCGGAAAUAGUGUCUGGGAAUGAUGAGGAACACGGGUCCCGAGCCAAGAACAAAAAGGUCCAGGGCCAGAGGAAGUACGGCGUGAACCCAUACUACAUCAUGGACUACAUCCUGCCCAAGGACAACGCCCAGGAUACCUCUCCGCACAAUCCUCGUGGCGUAGACAGCCACCUCCGAAAUGCUCAGGUUCAACUCAGACUGGAGGAGAUCAAGGAGGCAUACCAUGUGCUCUCGCUCCUCAACGACGGCCGCGGAGACGAGAUUGCGCGCCUCAACUUGCGCAAGAAGGGCAAUAUUGGCUCCAGCUCCAAGGGGCUCACGGGCAUCACUUGGGACAGCUGGAAGGGGAGCAUGUUCCUCGACAAGGUCACGGCCAUGGGCCACUCGUUUGGAGGGGCGACGACUAUCCAGCUCUGUCGAGAUCAGUCUCUCGCGUGGCUCGGCCAAGGCGUCAUUCUCGACGCGUGGGGCCAAGGAACUCCCGCAAGAGGCGACGGCCCUGGUAACAUUGUGGCAAAGCCCAUGAUUGCCAUAUCGUCAGAGGCGUUCAUGCACUGGAAGGAAAACUUUGAGCGGGUCGUCGGGUUCUGCCAGGAGGCGCGCGAAUCCAAGGCGCUGUGCUGGAUGCUCACCAUUGUGGGCUCGACACAUCUUGCCAUGACCGACUUUGCGGUGCUGUACCCUCACUGGAUGUCCUUGUUCAUGAAGUCCAUGGUGAACCCCCUGCGGGCCUGCUCUCUGACCAUGGCAACCUCGUUGGAGUUUCUCAGUCUGACCCUGCCGCCCGGACACAUCAAACACAAGACAUGGGUCGACGAAAACCUGUUGCUUUCAGCACCGGCACCCAGCGAGCCGGAAGAAGCGUUGAGAGAAGACCACGCCCCGGAUCGCAAGUGGGUGGCAGUGAGGCUCAAGAUCCCCAACGAGUUUUCAAAGAGAUUCAGAGCGUGGUGGCGACGACUUUGGCGGACGCUGGUGUGUGCGGCCGUGGAAGGUGACGCGACGGGCAACGGCCUCGACGAUUACACCGAGCAGGAUGAGUUGUGGACGCACAUCAGCCCGAGAGAAGCCGAUGUGGCUUCGUACCGGACUUCUCUUGCUUGA